UUCUUCUUCUUCUUCUUCUUCCUUCCGCAUCUCCCUCGCUGUUCCAGCAGGCCAUAGACAAUCUCUUACUCGCGGAUUCCUGGUAAGUCAUAUCUAGCAUUGAUUCACUAGUUGACAAUGAGAACACUGAGGCUCCUCAUGAGCGAAACGUCACCGAGUCGGUCCGUCACCAACGCCGCUGGGCGAUAACAAGGCAAGUUUAUAAAGAUGUCCUCUGCCUUGUAUAGCAUGUUCUAACACCCUCUCGCCCUGUAGAAUUGGCAAGGCUGCAUCGUCCAAGAAGCAACCAGAGAGGAGCUUUCAGGAAUGGCGCGCCCGCAGCAGACAUAAUUUGUCGACGAAACAAAACGUCCUGGGGUUAACAGGGCAGGACUAGAGCUUUCCGAAACCCUGGAGUCAAUGCAACAGCGUUUGGUUUCCGUCGAGCAGGAGCUCAAGCAGUUUCAUGAAGAGACCAAGCAGUACUAUGGAGAGACCAAACAGUACUAUGGAGAGGCCUAUAAAAACCAUAUCCCAACCUGGAUGUUGCUUCGGGGGCCCAUCUACAAGUCUCCCCACGGCGGCUCGGUCCUCGUAGAUCUAGACAUUCUGCGAUUCCUUGCCAAUAACGACGCCUCUGAGUUUGCUAUGUGGGCUGGCGGGUUCGAGCUCAUAUACGGCAUGUCGUACAGCCAUGGCAAGUUCAUCUCUCGCGGGUCAAAGAUGGUGCGGCUGGCAGACACCCGUGCCGACCUUAAACUGCUUGACAAUCAAGCCUGCCUACCAAAGUGCGACGCCAUUAUCAGGCUCUGGAAGGCUGCCACCGACAAUGGGCAAGAUCCCGAAGGCGUUUUCAGAACCCCAGCGGUUGCAGGCAUGUAUGAUAAUCUUAUGCGUUCGUUUCGCUCUGCGCCGUCAAAAUAAGAUUCUUCCGUUGCUUCUUUUCUCUUCUCCCUGGCCUCGUAGUUCAUUAAUUAGAAAUACUGUUUAACUAGUUAGUUAGACAGAUAGGCAGGUGUGUUUAGUGAAUUACUUUGGAAGUGCAGAGGCGUCAUUUCAAGGUCUCGCUUGUCCCUCAAUCUAUAUUUCGGACACCGUAAUGCUGCAUCGUCGACCCUGGCCUGACAGCAGGAUAUGAGAUCAAUCAGAUACGUCCCCCGGAUCAGCAUAGGGAUGUCCUCGAUAGCCCUCUCCUGGAGUACACUAGUUAGGUCAACCGACGCAGGAACCCCCAUGGGCCUAAAAGUAUCCAAAGACUGCCCUGAUGGCCAUCUAUAGCUGUCCAGCCAAUGCAGUAGAGAAAUAGACAGCAGGCAGUCCAGCUUAUCCUCGGCAUGCCAUUAUUGACAGCAAGCAUCUCGCCAUGAGAAGCAGGUCGUCAGAUGUAGAAGCCAUACCAGGCCAGGAUCUCACACCCACGCCUUGCAUCUUGCAUCGACCAGCAGCAGCGUCCAGGGUGUAUCCAUCUAAUAAUAAGAACGACCCGCUGCCGAUCAGACGGGAACUGAAAGAAGGGAAGGCUGUCUUGGGGUGGCCAGAUGGCAGUCUUUCUUCCUCCUUUGGUGUCCUCGUUCGUUUGCCAUCGUCGCAGUCUUCUCGAUGUCUGUAGCUCUUCUUAUCCGUAGGUCUUGCCGAGGCAAUACGAGUUCCCCUGAGAGAUCGAGAGGUCGAGAUUAUAAUCUGGUCGACGUUAUUAUAGCUCAGCUGAAAGUGAUAUUAAGACGAUGCCAUGAAGCUGAGCCCUCGAUCCCUGGACGAGCCCAAGGACGUCUUCCCUGCAGCUGCAACGGUCGUCUCUUUCACAUGCUCCCGUCUUUGUCGAAGGAGAGGCCGAGCUGUUGGCUGUUGCGUUGCUGUUGCUGUUGCUGUUGCUGUUGGCUGUUAGAUAGUUAACUACCUAGAGUAGUGAUAGACGCCCUGGGAUCUCGAUGCUCACUAGCAGCAGCUCGGGAAGAA